AUGAGCCCUAUUUCCCUUGCGGAACAAAUAGCCCAGCUAGAGGACACCGCACCUCCUGACGUCGACAUCGAACGGAUUGACGGCGGCGGGCUGGCAGAAGAAGCCGACAGCAAUGAUUUAACCGCGGGGAGAGGUCACUACUUGGAUGUCGGAGUCUCAUCACUGCGUAAACAGCAAAGCGCGUUGGCCGACCCCAAGUACGAAGGGGUCCGAACUAGCAGGAGCGAAUUGUAUGAAUUCGAUGACGAAACUGAUAACGAUAUAGGAGACUCCGCAGCAGAUGAUCAGAUAAUGAACGAGGGAAAUCAAGAAGGAACACCCACCGUUUCAGGAAGUGAAGACGGAGAAAGCGAAGGAGAUGAUGACGAUGACCUUAAGAGCGUAGACUCAGGGCCAAGUGACGUUGCGCUAGAGCACGCAGCAGACAACCUUGCGGCAGCGCUCAAGGAGUCAAGGGAGGCUGACAAGGACAAGGGCAGAUCCAUUAUCCAACAGCGCGCCCUGUGGGACUCACUGCUUGAAACUCGUAUAAGGCUCCAAAAAGCAGCCACAGCUACCAACCGCCUUCCUCACCCCAAUGAUCUUGCGCCGUAUGUGACGUCAGAAAGCGGCAGGGGGGCAGUUCAUUCUCUCCUCAAGGAGGUCUUGUCAUUUUCAGAUGAACUCCUAACUCUACGCAAGCGGCUCGCCCAAGUGAAUGAGCCCGAGAUCGAACUUCCUCCAUCCAAGAAACGAAAGAUAGUCUCCAGCGACGAAGCCUUUGAACAACAGAUUAAGGAUGCGUCAAUUGCGGCUGUAGAGAUGGAUGCAGUCAAGUCUCUGGCGCGGAGCGGGAAAUCAUUCCGUGGAGGCGUAACACGUUCGACUGUCGAGCUAGUGGAGGACGCGCUUGGCGAGUCCGGAGCUAAAGCCAUUGGGAGAACUCGGGUUCGCCGAUCUGCGGGGGCCCGUGUAGGGACACAGGUUUCGUCAGAGGUCAAUGGUGCUGAGGGAGAUGCCGAAGUCUUUGACGAUUUGGAUUUCUAUCAGACCUUACUACGAGAUGUGAUCGACAGUCGUACGGGGACGGAAGACGACUGGAUGGCGCGACAGCGCAUGAAGAAGGCUAAGAAAGUGGUGGACACUAAGGCGUCAAAGGGUCGGAAGCUGCGGUACGAGGUCCACGAGAAACUUCAGAAUUUUAUGGUUCCCGUUCCCACUGCAACUUGGCACGAAGAACAAAUAGACGAGCUAUUUGCGAAUUUGUUAGGAAAGGAACUCGGUCGCAUGGAUGCUCUCCCCGCAUAA